AUUGCACAGUAAUCCUGCCACUGCAAAGUCACUUUUGCCCUGUAAACUGUGGACCCCUUAAACGUCAAAGUUGCUUACUAAAUGAGUCAUUUGAUCUUAUCUGAGUAGCCACGCAAUAAACUGCAUUUCGUCAGAUUCUCACAUGCUAUAUUCUCCGUUCUUCGACAUGUUGUGUUUCUUAUUAUAGGUUUUCCAAAUACUGCUCUAUUUUGAAAGGACAACAUGCUGUACGUGUUUAUGGUAAACACUGGGUCUAUGCUGACACUGGACAUGGCAUUAACCAUGGAAAGUGUACAGAGGCUGCAGGAGACCUUGGCGUUAGAGUAUCAGCUCCCUGUGGACAAACAAGUCCUUCUGAUUAGCGGAGGUCAGAGUCUUGACCCUCACAUCAGAGUCUGUAGCUACAGUGCUGGAACGGAUACCAAUCCGAUCUUUUUGUUUAGUAAGGGCACCAUUGAAGCAGCGAUCCCACCUAUAACAUCUAUCACACAACAGAGCAGUGAGGAGAAACUCAGAUUACAAGUUGAAGGCUUGAAGAACCUUCCUCAUAGCUACAGUGCUGUCGUGGCACGUACUCAACUAGCCCUGCAAUUCCAUGAUCUUGCCAAGGAGAAUCUCCGAUUGUGCGAGGGUCUUGUACAUGAUCAACAUCUACAACAACAAGGAUGGAUGGCAGUUGUGGCUAAUCUCGAAGAUAUUACAAGUGCUUUUGAGCAACGUGCUGUCGCAUUCAAGCAGAGCAUGAAAGAAUUCCUUGCAGAUCGACCUCAGCUUUUGCUCCAGCUGACGGAGUUUGAAGAAAUACUGAUUCUUCUAGAGAAGACACCACUACUGCCUUGCUUAGUAGAGGAGAGCUGUAUUAUUAACAAGGAGAUAUUACAAGACGGUAGCACUGUCUCAUUAAUGCAGUGGAUUAGUAGUCAGGACCAACGAAGCACACUUGAGCAAAUGGCACAGCAGUGUACAAAGAGCCUUGACCAGUUCAAUCAACAGGUUCUUGAUGCUAUGUCAACAGAAAUCAACAAAACUCUGGGUGAUGUAAACAAUGGGAGCAUGAAGGAGGUUAAAGGUCUGGGAGAGAGGUUGUUUGGUUUGGAGCAACUCCUCACCAACGCACAGAAGGUCUUACAAGAACAAGCUGAGAUGGCACAGGGGAUGGUACAGAAUCAGACUCGAGCCAGUAACUUGAACGACACGUCCGUACUACCGGAUCUUUGCAAGAGUCACCAGCAGCAACUGACUGUAAUGUACAAGAAACACUGCCAACUUGUUGAGAUAAGUCGACGUUGCCAGGCCGCGAAGGAGGAACUCUGUCAUAACCUUCACGUCCGACUAAGAUGGAUCAUGUAUGUAGAGCAGCAGAUAAGUGCUGUCCAUAGUAAGAUGCUAGUCUAUCAUGAGAACCUUAAACGUCUUAGAAAGCGUCUUGAGAUUGUCCGCCAAGUGUAUGCUGCCCCCAAGCUGUACGCUUCUGCCAUUGUAGAGGUGUAUCGAAGGAGACUGUAUUCUAGUCACUUCACUGCUUGGGCUGGACAAGUUUGCGAUACGUCCUUAGCAAGCCACCAGUCAGAGAUGGCCAAAAGGAGAAAUUUUGCUUCAAGUAUGGAACGCCACUUUCUCAAUGUGCUCUUCCCAGGCCUGGUUGGGGAAGUCCCACCUACUUUUGCUACUACACAACCAGAAGACUUUGACACCCAGCUUCCUGAGAUCAAAGAUGCUGAUAUCACCAGCUUGAGAGAGAAACUUCCAGAAUUAGCACACAUCCUUAAGCUGCCAGCUGAGCAGACAGACUUGGGUUCUGAAUGUGCCCUAUCUAAGGCGUUAUUACCAGCUCUCUCUGAUGAACAAACACAGACCAGUUUAAACAUACAAGGAAUAGAAGAACUGAGAUCCAUUGAGACCGAAGGAACACAAAGUGAUGAUGCAAAGAUCUCGACCACAGAUCGUACAACUCCAGACGGCAACAUGCUGAGACCAAACUCUCUCCCAGCAGGAGUAGAACUGUCAUCCAUAGAUUCAAGUAGUAACAGAAUCGCCGUUCCAGAAACUCUUCAAUCCUUGUCAUUUCGGCAUGUUGACAGUUUUGUUUCAGCGGCCACCACUCCAGACUUAGAACUGAGUCCUCUGGACAUGUCUACCCAAGGGGAGACACCCUUUGCGUCGUUGCUGACGGCGCCUGAAGGGAAUUUUUACUCGGCUGUAACGAGCCCCUUAGAUGACACGGAUUCACUAUCUAAGCAUCCUAUUAAAGACAACUCAGUUUCAGAGUUUGUUGAGAAGGUCACAAUACUUCAGGAAACUAUUCAAGAAAGAGAAGCAUCCUUAGAGGAGAGUCAACAUCAAAUUAAAGAGAUUCAGGAUCAGUUGGAGAAAGCGGAGUUAAAGUUAGCAUCAAUUAAAGAUGAGAGGAGCUUGUAUGCAGAUCAGUUGAGGAUUUCUCAGACAGGAAUGAAGUCCAUUAUCCCCAAAAUAGAAACCUCUGUCCACAAACUCAAAUCAGAUCUUACUGAAAUGAGAACUGCUGUAAAGCUUGAUCAGCGUGCAUUCCAUGAAACAAUUCUCACAAGCGUUUCUUCCGUUAAAAGUUUUUGCGGCAAGGUACAAUCCCUCGUCAAAGAAAGAGAAGAGGCUGCAGUAAGCGAAGCAGUGGAACUUCUACAAGUGCAAUCAGAUACUAAAUGUAAUGACUUAAUACAAGACCUGGAGAGAGCCAAGGAAGAGGUUGAAUUGUGCAGACGAGAGCUUCAUGAUGCAGGGGAACUAUUAACAGAGAAAGAAGCAGAGCUUUCCACACUGAAAGAAAGAAGUUGUCAGGAGUUGCAGGAGUUACGAUCCCAACUAGAAGAGCAGCAGAAAGAAAAGUUGAUCGUCGUCAAGAGUAAAUCAGAAAAGGAUAUCCAGGAGCUCCAGAACACUGUCAAAGAAAAUGAAGAUGCUAUACGGAUGAUGAGAGAAACUGCGGAGGAGGAAGUUACGAUGCUUCAGAAUCAUCUGGCAGCAGAGAAAGAGCAAGCUCUAAAUGCUUUGAGAACAGAGCUGAAGGAGAAACACAACCAAGAGCUGGAUGUCAAGCAGCGUCAUCUCCAAGACACACAGCUGGACGAGCUGGCUGAAUUUAGAAAGACCACAGAACUCAAAAUGGAUGCUGCUUGUGAGGAGUUAAUGCAAUCCUUAAACAAAGCCAAGGAAGAUGAACUGCAUGAUCUUAAGAUGAGAUUGGAAUCAAAUCAUCGGGAUAAAGUCCAACUGCUGUGCAAAGAACUUCAAAAUAAGCUUUUACAAAUCAAGGAGAUCCAUGAUGAAACUUCGGAGGAUGUUAAACAAGAGUUACGCUCUGUCCGCAUUCUCCAUGAACAGCUGAUUGAAUCAAGUCAUCUUAGAAUGACGGAAAUGGAAGAAUCUUUCACCACGUGUACUCGCAGUGUCUCGGAAACAUCUGAAGGGAAACAAGAAAGCGAUGAGCAACUUGGAGAUGUUGCACAAAUGAGUAGCUCUGUUAUGAAAACUUUAGACCGGGAGCAGGUUGGCAUGGUGGCAGAGCGCCAGCAGGCAUUUAAUGAAGCGGUUUCCAGAGUGGCGGUCCAGAAGGAUAAGACUAUCGAAGAACUCAGGAGGAAAGUAGCGAAGCUAUCGGAACAUCAAAAUCGAAACCAAGAUACUAUAGAGAAGCUUCUAACAGAUAAAGGGGACAUUGAAUCCGAGCUGACCAAAGCCCUGCACCAAGCAAGACAAUCUGAGAAGGAGCUUAAAGUUGAUGUUUUCAGAAAGGAAGCCCAACUGACUGAGCUUCAGCAGAGAUUGGAUGCUGCUUCUGUUGCAGGCCCUGCCCAGUUACUUGUCUCCAGUGAAUGUGAUACAAUGGUGACAAAAUCGGCUACAGAGGGCAGGCUUCAAGCCUUACUGAGGUCAAAGGAACAGGAGUGCAGUGCUCUCAAACAUCAAGUGAUGCAGCUACGGGUUUCAUCAAAUUCUUCGACAAGGACAGAGAAAAUAUCCAUUAUUGACAUCAGCGUUGGAGACUUGGUUCUCAUCUUCUUUGAGGAGCCUAGAGAUAACUACGUGGUGUUCAGUAUUGAACCGACUCUUUACUUCGUCCACUCCGAGUCACUGUCAGGUCUUGAUCUGAAGCAUCAAGCAUCCGAUGGUCCUAAGAGGCAGUGGAUUAUCGGCAGAGUUACGGACAAAGAGUACUGCCAAGCCAAAAAGGCAAAUAAUCGCUUCAAGGUUGCCAUAGGAACCAAGUUCUACCGUGUUAAAGCUAAGAGAUACGAUAUUAAGCAAGAACAAAGCACGACCAAUUAAUCUGGAGAAUCUGUUACAGUAAAGCAUAGGACUGAUGUCAGGGUUUUAUUCACAUACCUAAUCUUUGUCCAGAACCUUGUCUACUCUAGUUGUAGCAAUAGUACUUAAAAAAUGGAACCAGACUAUUUUUGUACCAGCCUCGGUUUGGGUACAAAGAGUUAAAGGGUAGAGAUACAAGAUGGUCGCGCUGUGACCUAGGUAUUUACAUAUCAACCUCACUUCAAAGUUAUCAAAAAUCGCCUUUUGUGCCAGACACAGAGUUAAAAGUAUGACUAAUGAUAAACACUCGGAGUUAACCUGAAAUAAUAUGUACCCAGUUUACCUCAUUCGUGUACCCCGUUUAUACCUUAAAUGUGCAUGUACUUUGUAGAUAGUAUACCCAGUAUAAACCUUCAUUAUGUCAGAUGAUAACCUAAAUACUGUACAAAUGACCACUACAGCAUGUUUAGUGUGAUAGUGUAAGACUUUAAGGAUGUUCCAUCAUUGCAAAUCUGAAUGUCAGAAAGCUUGCUCAGCCUCUUCAGGCCGUUUGUUUAAUAUCUUUGCAUGUAACUGCAUAGCCCAGAAUCGGUUAUUGUCCUAGAAGCUGUAAGCCGCAAAGUCAGAAGCUGUGAGCCUUAAGCCAGAAGCCAAAGGGUUUAAUGGUAGUGUCUAUUAUGGUAGCUUUGAUGGAAUAAGGAAAUCGGUGACACAUAAUGUAUUCUUAACUGUAGCUUGUGAUGCACUGCAUACACAGUAUCUUUUGUAAUAGUCUUGUGAACCAAACCAAAUGAAUGAAAUAAAUGGGAAUGAAACCCAUUACUUUCCACGCUCUUAAGCCGAUUUCCUGACCAUGAGAAAACCCAGUUUAGGGAGAACACUAGGUGGCAGCAGACUGAUCUUAUUUUUUAUAGUUCUGAGCAUUCACAUGUCUCCAAAAAACAAUUGAUAUACUUUGUAAGUCUGCUGCCACCAAGCUUGAGUGAUUUUAUAACUGUACAUUGUACUCGGUUUCCCAAGAUUCAUUGGGGUAUAAUUAAACGAUGGCACUUGAGCAUAUGGGCUGUAUGAAUUAAUUGUAGGGUCUUUCGAUUAUGCUCAAAGUAGAUACCAAAUCGAAAAUGUCCGAGGGUCAAUUUCACGAAGAGUUAGGACUAUUCAAUUAGGACUAGUCCUAGGAGAUAUUAAAAACUUAAGGCUAGUCCUAAGUUGAGAUAAGACCAGUCUUAACUCUUUGUGGAAUCCACACCAGCACCUACAAUAUACAAAUGUAGAAGACACAACUAUACUCAGGGCCUUGAUGGCCACUGAUCGCAGGACAAAGUAGACUUUCACUAAACAAAUAAAAUAGCGCAUCAGAAAGACUUACCUGCUAUCAGACUGACAAUAACCAUCCACAAAUAUUUUGAGAAAAAAUGUUUUUCUUCCGAAAAUAGAAUUACAGGGAUGAAGAUGUGUGGUACAAAGUAUUUGUGGAUGCAGUUAUUUGCAUUUUGAGAGGAUGAUGUUAUGUAACUUAAUUGAGGCAGUAGUGACUUGAAGAUUUGUUUUGAAAUUGUUGU